AUGUUAUCAAAUACUUUAUUAUCAGCAGCUUUAUUAUCAACAGCUUUAGCAGCAAAUAAUGUCGCUCUUUAUUGGGGUCAAAAUGGUGCAGGUGGUCAAGAUAGAUUAUCAACUUAUUGCCAAGAAACAGAUUUAGAUGUUGUUUUAUUAUCAUUUUUAAACGAUUUCCCAGAUCCAUUGAAUGUUAAUUUUGCAAAUCAAUGUGGUGCUACAUUUGAAUCAGGUUUAUUACAUUGUCCUCAAAUUGGUGAAGAUAUUAAAACUUGUCAAUCUUUAGGUAAAAAAGUUUUAUUAUCACUUGGUGGUGGUAUUGGAAAUUAUGGUUUCAAUGAUGCUAGUGAUGCAGAUUCAUUUGCUACUACUUUAUGGAACAAAUUUGGUAAUGGUCAAGAUGAAGAAAGACCAUUCGAUGAUGCUAUUGUCGAUGGUUUUGAUUUUGAUAUUGAACAAGGUUCAUCAACUGGUUAUCCUGAAUUAGCUACUGCUUUAAAAUCAAAAUUUGAUGGUUCAAAACAAUAUUAUUUAUCAGCAGCUCCACAAUGUCCAUACCCAGAUGCUCAUCUUGGUUCAUUACUUUCUUCAGUUCCAUUAGAUUUUAUUUUCAUUCAAUUUUACAAUAAUCCAUGUUCAAUUAAUGGUCAAUUUAAUUUUGAAACUUGGCAACAAUUUGCUGAAUCAGCUCCAAAUAGUGAUGUUCAAUUAUAUGUUGGUGUUCCAGCUGAUUCAUCUGUUUCAGGUUACGUUGAUGCUUCUCAAUUAUCACAAGCUAUUGAACAAAUUAAAUGUGAUAAAAACUUUGCUGGUAUUUCAAUUUGGGAUGCUUCUGGUGCUUGGAUAAAUGUUGUUGAUGGUAAAAACUUUGUUCAACAAGUUAAGCAAGUCUUAAAUGAUAAUGUUUGUGAAGUUUCAUCAUCAACUACCGCCUCACAAUCAUCAACUACUGCAUCAUCAUCAUCAUCAUCAUCAUCAUCAUCAUCAUCAUCAACUACCGCCCCACAAUCAUCAACUACUGCAUCAUCAUCAUCAUCAUCAUCAUCAAUUUCUGCUCCAUCAUCAUCAGUUGCUUCUAAUGAACCUGCUACUACUUCAGACGCUGUUAUUCCAACUAGUGUCGGUGCUCCAAGUUCAUCAGUUUUAUAUGGUAAUUCAUCAACUCCAAUCACUUCAGCUGCUUCAAUUACUACUGGUAACUCAGGUGUUAAAACUAUCACUGAUAUUCAAAAAACUGUUAUUACAGUCACUUCAUGUUCAGAAAAUAAAUGUUCAGCUAAACCAACCACCGUUGGAUUUGUUACUUACACUGAUUUAACUACUGUUUACACAACUUAUUGUCCAGAAACUGCUACUGCUGUUGUUGUUCCAUGUCCAACUGAAUCUCAAUCAUCAAGUCCAGUUGAAACUAAACCAGCUCAAUUAUCAUCUGCUCCAGGUGUUGUUGCUGUUGGUUCAUUAUCAUCAUCAACAGAAGCUUCAGCUACUACUCAACCAGUUGUUAUUGAAACCACAAAAGCACAAGAAUCAGUUGUUGCUGGUGAAACUACAACUGUUGAAAUUGCUAUUACUUCAACUAUUUAUCCAUCAACUUCAUUAGCUGCUCAAUCAAAUGGUACUUCAGAAGUUCCAGUUCUUACUUAUGAAGGUGGUGCUUCAAAAGCUACCAUAUAUUUAACUCCAUUAUUAUUAGUGGCUGCUGUAUUAUUGUAA